UUUGGCUCAUCGUGUUCCCGGCCUGCGUCCCUUGCGGUCUGCACAUGCUAUCCCAGCUAUUCAUGACGGAGAUCCCGCCCCAUCACUGCAAACUGCCCGACCGGGUCAACGACCUCAUGCGUGAUUACGGGUCCUCCAUCCACGCGGUCCUCCCUCAGCAAGGGAAUGGCGAGCCAGCUCGGUGUCAAGAGUUCAAUGUCACAGACGAAGAUCUCGAGGACACGGUCAGGGGGCUACUGAAGCACAACCAAUCGUGGCCGGUGAUGUCGUGCCAACGAGGAUGGUCUUACAACGUCUCGGCGCUUGGAGUGGACGUCGGACCUACGUCCAUCGUUGACGAGUUCGACCUCGUCUGUGACAAAGAUUUCUACCCAAGCCUGGUCCUAUCCAUUUUCAACGUCGGGUCCGUCAUAGGAGUGGCCGCUUUUGGAUAUAUCAGUGACCGGUAUGGGAGGAAGAAGGCUUUUUUUUCUUGCCUGCUGCUGGAAACUAUAGGGGCAUUUGCGACGGGUUUGAGCCCAAACUUUGGAACCUUCAUCUUCACCCGCUUCCUGGUCGGACUCACCAUACCUGCAAUUUGGCAGCUACCAUUCAUCCUCGGUGGUCUUUUGUUGCUCACUGGUCUCGCCUAUGUCUUCCCCUAUUGGAAACACGUUGCUUUCGCAACUGCCGUUCCUCUACUUCCACUCUUCCUCGCCUAUAAGUACCUGCCCGAGUCGCCAAGAUGGAAUCUCCGAAAAGGAAGGAUAAAAGAGACGCUGGAAACCAUGGAAACCAUAGCGAGGGUCAACGGUACACCCAUGAACGAAGCGACGAGGGAACGCGUAGAGAUGCUCUUGAGGAAGGAAGCUGAGCAAGAAGAGGUACAAAAGAGCACGCAGAAACAUUCCAAGGCUCCGACGGUUUUAGACCUUUUCAGGACGCCCAACAUGAGACGAAAGACUUUGCUCAUCAAUCUUUCAUGGUUUGCAAAUCAGACGGUUUACAUGGGCCUGAACUACUGCGGGCCGGCGAUGGGCAACAAUUCAUACGUUGGAUUCAGCCUUUCCUCUGCCGUGGAACUCAUCUGCUAUCCUCCAACGUACUUGGCGAUGGAUAAAAUCGGAAGGAGGCUUCCCAUGGCCAUCGCCAUGAUCAUCGGAGGCAUCAGUGCUAUUUGCACCGUUGUCAUGCCAUCUGACGAGCCAACUCCGACGAUGAUCCUGUUCUUGAUUUCAAAAUUGAGCAUCACAGCCUCGUUCUUGAUCAUCUACCCGUUCGCGGGAGAAUUAUAUCCAACGGAACUACGAAGCAUCGGGCUGUCAUUGGAUUCCUACGUCAGCAACCUGGGACUCAUCGCCGUGCCUUUCAUCGUCUACCUCGGAGUGGAGAAUCUCGUUCUACCUCUCAUCAUCAUGGGGGUCAUUUCCACCGUGGGUGGGGUCUUUUCGCUUCUCCUUCCCGAGACCCUGAAUAAACCCCUGCCACAGACCCUAGAAGAGGCCGAGGAGUUCGGCAAGGGCUGGGGGUGGAGAAGUGUCCUCCGGGGUGAAAAGAAAGCCAAAGAAGAAAUGCCAGAGUGCAAAACACAGAGCAUGGACCUGGAUGCUCUGGCUUGA